AUGGCGCUUGCCCUGCCCAACGAUGUCGCGAAGGUCGGAGCGGAGGGGACUGUGAAGCUCUUCGGCAAGUGGGAUGCCCAGGACAUUGAGGUCAAGGACAUCUCCCUUAUCGACUACAUCAACGUCAGCCACGCUGUCUACGUUCCCCACACCGCCGGCCGUUAUGCCAAGAAGCAGUUCGCCAAGGGACGCAUGCCCAUCGUCGAGCGAUUGGUCAACGCCCUCAUGAUGAACGGCCGGAACAACGGAAAGAAGCUCAUGGCUGUCCGUAUCGUCCAACACGCCUUCGAGAUUGUCCACCUCGUCACCGAGCAGAACCCCAUUCAGGUUUUGGUCGAUGCUAUCGUCAACACUGGUCCCCGCGAAGACUCCACCCGUAUCGGUUCGCAGGGUACCGUCCGUCGUCAAGCCGUCGACGUGUCGCCUCUCCGCCGAGUCAACCAGGCCGUUUCCCUCCUCACCAUCGGUACCCGUGAAUCCGCUUUCCACAACUCCAAGUCGGUCGCCGAGUGCCUCGCCGACGAGCUCGUCAACGCCGCCAAGGGAUCGUCCAACUCGUACGCCAUCAAGAAGAAGGAUGAGCUCGAGCGUGUCGCCAAGUCCAACCGAUAA